AUGCCAGUGGUAUACGGGAUUAACACAAGGGCCGCUGCAGGUACUAAAUGUACUCCAUAUGAAGUGAUGUUGGGUGAAAAAACGCGUUUAGAUUGUGUUUUCUGGGACAAUAUUCGAGUUGAUGGCGUUGUUGGACAUGACGAUCUUCCAAACGAAAUACACGAGAUGAUUCAAAAUGCGGAAAAUGUCAAAGAUGAUCAGAAUGUAGGGAGUGGCAGUAAUUCUGUAGCCCCUGAAGUUAUUGCAGAUAUUGAUUCAUUGGAGUUUUCAUUAAAAUUGAUUGAAGAUUGUUUGUUCGCCAAUAAUCCUACUUCGUCCAAUGGCAUUGGUUGA